UGGGACUCAUAUAUGUUGUGACUGCAGCUCACGAUGACAGUUCGCAUCAGGACUGUGGAUGCACUCAUCAAAAGUCUGGAUAUUUCAGAGGAAGCACCAUGGACGCAGCGGACAUAGUUGCUUCCGUUUUGGUUUUGGGGAUUAUUAUCGUGUCGCUGCUGUCCAACGUUGUGGUGCUGAUCUGCUUUCUGUACAACCCAGAGAUCCGCAAACAGGUACCAGCUCUUUUUAUUCUCAACUUGACGUUUUGCAACCUGUUGCUAAGCGUGUCCAACAUGCCACUAACUCUGAUCGGGCUCAUCACCACGGGCCACCCCGGAGGCAGCGGCUUCUGCCAAAUUGUGGGUUUCCUCGACACUUUUCUCACCACUAACUCCAUGCUCAGCAUGGCAGCUCUCAGCAUCGAUAGAUGGGUGGCUGUUGUGUUCCCACUCAGCUACCACUCCAGAAUACGGCACCGGGACGCAGUGAUAGCGCUGGCAUACACGUGGAUUCACUCACUUUGCUUCUCCACAGUGGCCACCUGCCGCUCCUGGGUCGGGUACCAUCACCUUUACGCAUCGUGCACUCUCUGCAGUGUCAGGGCCAAGGGAGCCGGGACGCAGUUCAUCAUAUUCACCGUGGCUUUGCACUCCCUCACUUUCCUCCUCACGCUGAUCGUGUUGUGUGUAACGUACCUGAAAGUGCUCAAAGUUGCAAGGUUUCACUGUAAACGCAUCGACGUGAUCACUAUGCAGACGCUGGUGCUGCUUGUGGAUAUUCACCCCAGUGUGCGGCAGAAAUGCUUGGAUGAGCAGAAGCGGAGGAGGCAGAGGGCCACCAAGAAGAUCAGUACUUUCAUCGGCACAUUUGUGGUGUGCUUCACCCCUUAUGUCAUCACAAGAAUUGUAGAGCUUUUCUCCCCGUGGCCCAUAAACCCUCACUGGGGCGUGCUGUCCAAAUGUUUGGCCUACAGCAAGGCAGCGAGCGACCCAUUUGUCUACUCGCUGCUGCGGCACCAGUACAGGAAGACCUGCAACCUUCUGGCCAACAAAGUCCUCAAGAGGAGUCCGCUCAACUCCUCCUCCCUCAGGAUGGAGAACAGCGCAGUGAGGAGCGACAACAACUGCAACACAACCAACAACAUCCAGCCACCUGCCAACAAGCCACUCGGCCCGUGACGGUAAUCACUCUCAGAGACAGUUAGGGUACUUUAUAGUGCUGAAGGUGGUUUGGAUUUGACAUCUUACUUUGAUGUCAACAUUCAUGAGAACGGCAGUAUGACAGUAGAUUCACCUCUGUGUGUUGGUGUAACAUCAGAGUGAGCUUUUCACUUAAUUAGUUGUUGGAGGACGAGGCUGGUGAUAUUCUAUAUUUUUCAUACUGUCAGAUGAGAGAUCAAAACAAACUGCACACGAGUCCAUCUCUGAAUACUUUCCUCAGAGUCUUGUCUAGAUGGUAACCUCAGAUUUGCGAAAACUUUCACGAGAUUUAAUUUUCCAUGUUUCAAGCGAUCAUUGUAACACAAACCAUUAUCUUCC